AUGCGUUGCUUGGCAGCUCGGGUCAACUACAAGACUCUGAUCAUCAUCUGUGCCCUCUUCACCCUGGUGACGGUCCUGCUCUGGAACCGAUGCUCCUCCGACAGAGCCGGCCCCUUCCCCCGCAGCCUCGCCAGCCCCGAACGCCGAGCCGCCGCCGCCUCCGAGAGCGACUUGGCCCGGCAGCAGAGCGAGGAGGCAUCGCCCCAGGAGCAGCAGAAGGCUCCCCCCGUCGCGGGAGGCUUCAAUGGCAACAAAGCCCCGGGGCUGAAGUACGAGGAGAUUGACUGUCUGAUCAAUGAUGAGCACACCGUUAAAGGGAGGAGGGAAGGCAACGAGGUCUUCCUGCCGUUCAGCUGGGUAGAGAAAUACUUUGAGGUUUAUGGGAAAAUUGCUCAGUACGAUGGUUAUGACAGGUUUGAAUUCUCUCAUAGCUACUCCAAAGUAUACACACAGCGAGCACCUUACCACCCCGACGGGGUCUUCAUGUCCUUCGAGGGCUACAACGUAGAGGUUCGAGACAGAGUGAAGUGCAUAAGUGGUGUUGAAGGUGUGCCAUUGUCCACGCAGUGGGGACCUCAAGGCUAUUUCUACCCCAUCCAGAUUGCACAGUACGGCUUAAGUCACUACAGUAAAAACCUGACGGAGAAACCACCUCACAUCGAGGUGUACGAAACAGCCGAAGAGAAGGACAAAACCAGCAGGUCUGUGGACUGGACGGUGCCGAAAGGCUGUUCUCUGUCCACAGUAUCUGAUAAAGCCAAGUUCACUAGCGUCAAACAGUUUGUCGCUCCAGAAAAUACCGAGGGGGUAUCUCUGCAGCUUGGGAACACCCGAGAUUUUAUUAUUUCUUUUGAUCUCAAAUUUGUAACAAACGGGAGCGUUUCUGUGGUUCUUGAGACGACGGAGAAGAACCAGCUCUUCACCGUGCACUACGUCUCCAACACCCAGCUCAUUGCUUUUAAGGACCGAGACAUCUACUACGGCAUCGGUCCCAGGACUAGCUGGAGCACCCUCACCAGGGACCUGGUCACCGACCUGCGGAAGGGCGUUGGCCUCUCGAACACGAAAGCCGUGAAGCAGACCAAAAUCAUGCCCAAGAGAGUGGUGAGGCUGAUAGCGAAGGGUAGAGGCUUCCUCGAUAAUGUCACCAUCUCGGCCACCGCUCACAUGGCGGCUUUUUUUGCUGCCAGCAGCUGGCUGGUGAGGGACCAGGACGAGAGGGGCGGCUGGCCCAUCAUGGUGAUGAGGAAGCUGGGGGAGGGAUUUAAGUCCUUGGACCCAGGCUGGUACUCGGCCAUGGCGCAAGGACAGGCCAUCUCAACGCUGGUGCGGGCGUACCUGCUGACGAAGGACCACGUGUUCCUCAGCUCGGCUCUGCGGGCAACGGCGCCGUACAAGCUGCCGUCGGAGCAGCGCGGGGUGAAAGCCGUCUUCAUGAACCGGCACGACUGGUACGAGGAGUACCCGACCUCACCCAGCUCCUUCGUGCUCAACGGCUUCAUGUACUCCUUAAUCGGGCUGUAUGACUUAAAAGAAACGGCUGGGGAGAAGCUGGGGAAGGAGGCGCGGGUCCUCUACGAGCGGGGCAUGGAGUCCCUGAAGGCCAUGCUUCCCCUUUACGACACCGGCUCAGGGACCAUCUACGACCUUCGGCACUUCAUGCUCGGCACCGCUCCCAACCUGGCCCGAUGGGACUAUCACACCACCCACAUCAACCAGCUCCAGCUCCUCAGCACGAUAGACGAGUCCCCCAUCUUCAAAGAGUUCGUCAAGAGGUGGAAGAGCUAUCUGCGAGGCGGCCGGGCAAAGCACAACUAGAGCUUACAACCAAACCCCUCAGUCCUGCUGCCUCGCAGAGGUACAGUUUCAAAGGUUGCAUCCUAAAUUUUUUACAGACCGUUUCAAAGAAGUGAUCCUUAAAACUGAUCUCCUGAAAUCAUUGCAUUCCAGUGUGAAAAUAUUUGGGUCUGAUGGGUAGGAUUCGGGAACUUCACCUGUCCUUAGUGCUCCACAGCGAAACUAACUGCACAAAGCAAAACCCCUUUGUGCUCCUGAGUUUGGGGACGUUUUUGGUUUUUUUUCCUUUUUGUAGGAAAACAUUUGCAGAAGCCAUACAGGUCUCUCAAGUCCAGCACUUGCCUGAAAAGUUAGUCUGUGGCCUCUUUUAAAAUGGAGUUAUAUGUGUAUAUGUUGGAACAGCAUAACAGAUCAUGUGGUGUAAUGCCGUAAAUGUGUAUUUACUUGUAGCCUGGGUAGUGGACAGUGUAUCUUUUUAAAGGUUUAUUUUUUAAUAUGGGUUCUUUUCUUGGGAUGAAAAAUACACAAUGUUUUGGGGGGGGGUUCAAUUCUCCGUAUGGAGAUCCUUUAGCUGUAUGGUUUCUUUACAGACAUGUGGAUGGAAAACACGGAGACAGCGUGCAGGCUUCAAAGUCACGUCACGUAAGCACAACGCGGUGGGGCUCGCGGACCUCACAAAGCCUGCAACCGUGCCACCCCCCUUUUCUAAAGCCAAAUUUACCAUCGCCCGUCAGGUUUGCUGGUGUCAUCUCCUCCCUGGUAGCUGAAAUCUCUCGUCGUGGAGCCCGAUGUUUUGUACUGUAUUUUUUAAUUACAUCUGAGAGGUUUCUCUAAGCUUUGGCAACUUCAUUCUUUGGGAGACUUGAAUUCCUGAGUGUGACGUGGAGCUCAUUUUGAGUAGCGCACAGGAAAUUCAGUUGGAAUUAAUUAAGGUUUUCCUGUGGUGAUUUUAAUUUUUAACAUGCUUGAGUAUAUCAAGCAUGUUAAAAAUUAAAAUUACCCCAGAGGGCUUUCCAGCUCCACCUGUGCUUUAAUACCAAGUUUCACCUCUGCCUGUCUUACUCAUCGUGUACGGGGCCGUUACAUCUCCAGCACUGGCUUCUUGGGUGUGCUUUGUCUUCGUGGCUCUGCCAAGCGAGCGAGGUACUCGUGCAAUAACCGAACACACGCGUCCGAACCCAAACGCUUUCACUGUACUGCCGUAAUGCUGAAGAAACCAGGCAGUUUCUUUUUCCUAUUUAUCAAUCCUUUACACCCACCGUUAGCCUGCCUUCUCGGCGUGUGGCUUCCUGCUUGGUCCAGAGGAGUAAAACCGACCGACUGCAUCACUAGGUCAGGGGUGUUUAGUUUGGUAGCGCAGCAAAUACCGGGUUAUC